AUGAGACUAUACUACACACGACACAACUUUGGGUUUUACGGCCCAUGGAUUGCUUUUGCUCUAACAGCUAUUGGCAAUGCGGUCGUAGCAGACUUAGCAGAAGGAAGAGACAAUGAGCCGCAAAUCACAGCCGGUUACCGGUCUACCCUGAUCCUCGCAGCGCGGGGUUUGAGCAAACAGGCCAGGAAUUAUUAUGUCAGUAGACUUUUGGCUAUUCAAGUUCAGAAAGCCUUGAAGCCGGAGGAUCUGCAGUUAGUUCAGACUCAUGCCGUGGCUGCUUACAUGGCGGAUGAUGAGCAGGCUCUUAUGGCGGAACAUUCGGAUAGUUUAUGGCCGAUUCCGGGACUAGCGAUAAUGAAUGAAAGCCCAGAGAGGACUAGGCUGAAGAACCUGAUUGCCAGUGUUCGAGACCUUGAUAUACAAUCUGUGUAG